UUUUCGGUUUAGUAUUAAACCGAAAUUUCGUAGUCGUCUUCUUCUUCUUCUUCUUCUUCUUCCCCAAAUCCAACUUCCGUUCGAGAAGAAACAGAGAUCCGAAAUCGUUUUCGUUUUCCAGAUAUGGAUUGGCAAGGGCAGAAAUUGGCGGAGCAGUUAAUGCAGAUCUUGCUUCUGAUCGCAGCGGUUGUGGCGUUCGUUGUUGGUUACGCAACGGAGUCGUUUAGGACGAUGAUGUUGAUCUACGCUGGAGGUGUAGUUCUCACGACUCUGAUCACUAUACCAAAUUGGCCUUGCUUUAAUCGUCAUCCUCUCAAGUGGUUAGAUCCAAGUGAAGCUGAGAAGUAUCCUAAACCUGAAGUUGUUGCUGUUAGCUCGAAGAAGAAAUCUUCUAAAAAGUANUUUUUUCAAUCUUAUCUUCUUUAG